AUGCUUGAUGAGGAAAAGCAAGUCAUUAUCGAACAAGAUCAAGUUGAAGGUGUUAAAGAAGCGAUUAUCAAGGAAGAAAUUGUCGAGGAAUUGACGGUUCAAGAAACUGAAAAAGAAGAACCAAUUGAAUCAGACUUGAAGGAGCAAGAUACUAGUACCGAAGAUGCAGAGAAAAAGGAAGAGGAAAAAGAGGAGACUCGUAGUGUUGGUAGCAAUGACAAAUCAAGCGAGGAAGGUGAUGUCUCGGCUGCUACCUCUUUGACAAACGUGAGUCUCGAUAAUAAUGAAAAGCAAGACGACAAUAAGAAGGGUUCCCAAACGUUUAGUGAUAUGGUUCAAGACUUAUCACCACCUACUCCUGGCCUUCCACUUCAAGGACAGACAUUUGAUCUUGAAGAACGCCCAAGUGAAGAUGUUGGAGACGUGGAGACUCAUAGUGCCAAUUUAAUUGCUUUAAACAAGAUUGACUUGAAGAAUAUCAAGGAAAACACAUUCUCACCUCGUCAACAAGAAAGAGCAGAUGAACCCAUUCUGCGUGCCAUUCGUCAUUUGUUUAAUAAUCGAUUCAUGAAAGCAAAGAAACUAUUUGAAAAACAAGCUGAAACUGAUCCUUUAUAUGCUUUAGGCCUAGGCUCUAUGGCUUUUUUGAAAGACGACUCCAUGACAAAAAACGCAAUUGGAGUGCUCACUACAACAUACAGUAUUGCUACUGCACAAAUUGAUGCUGCUACCAAAAAGACGGUAGGAAACUCUUUAUAUCAGGCCAUGAACAACUAUUACAACUAUAUCAAAUUUGCUCGCAGAUCAGGUGCUUUACCUGCUAGUCCAAAACCAGCCACAUUAAAAUCAAUUCAGAAGAAAGGUGUAACAUUUGUUCCAAACGGUGUUUUGCGUGCUCAUGUGGCCAAGGCCGAAUGCUGUCUUCAAAUUGCUAUUUUACAACUAUUGCAGGAGAAUGUGAUGGGUUAUGUCAAGUGUGGCAUGAAUUUAAGAAGAGCCUAUGCAAGUUAUAGUUUAGUUUGGCAAGAAUACAAACGAAUGGGUCAAGUAUAUCACGAGUUUAUUGAUCGUGAUACUAUUUCUGGUAUUCAGUUUGGCAUUGGUGCUGUUCAUCUUGUUUUGUCGACACUUCCACAAAAAGUACUUCGUAUUGUAUCUGCCUUUGGUUGGAAGGCAGAUAAACAUCUUGGUUUUGCAUUAUUGAAACUAUGUGUAGAAGACAGAAGAAUCCGAUCACCCAUGGCCUCUCUCAUGCUUUUGGCUUAUUAUACAGUGCUUACUUCUUUAUGCCCACAGAUAUUGUCUAGCGAAUAUACACAACCAGCUAUUGAGACUCUGUUAGAUGCUCAAAAAACAUACCCUAAUUCAGCAUUCUUCCUUUAUUUUGCAGGUCGCACCUCUCGUCUUGCUCGCAACUUGACACUCUCAACUCAAUCAUUCACUUAUGCUAUUGAAAUUAGUAAAAACGAAUGGGCAGAAGUAGAAGUGCUACAUAUAUGUAAUUAUGAAAUUGCAUUCAAUCAUAUGAUGGAGCACAAUUGGGAAGAGGCAGCCAACAUUUUCGACAUGCUUUACAAAGACAGAUAUUGGUCUCCUGCUAUAUUCAGAUACUUGACAGGUGCUUGUUUGGAUAUGAUGGGUCAAAGAACCGAAGCUAUUUUAGCUUUUGCUGAAGUACCUCAGCUAGUCAGCAACAAGACACAGAGUGCUACAUUGGUUGAAAAGUAUAUCAUGCGUAAGGUUACUGCUUUCCAGGAUUGUGGUUAUCAAGACAUGGACAUGUCUCUUUGUGCUCUGGAAUACCUUUGUUUGUUUACUGGUUUGGAUUUUAUGAGUCAAGAGUAUUUGAAUAAAUCACUGGUGAUUGUGGAUCAUGCUCUGGCCCAGAUUGCUGAAGCUGAAAAGAUUGAAUUUGGCAUUCGUACUCGAGAAUUACUGCCUGGUACACCUGCUCCUCAAUACUUUGACCAACGUGGUGCCCUAUUACUCAUCAAAUCUUCUUUGUUUAAUGCUCUUGGUCGUUAUAAAGAGUCGGUCAUUCACUUGAACUGGAUUAUGGACCACAAAGAUCAAAUUCAGGUAGAUAAAUGGAUCGUGCCAUUUGCUUACUGGGAAGCUGGUGUCACAUCCUGGGGAAUGGAUAACAAAACACGGAGUCGAGUCUUUUGGGAAUCUGCUCUCAAAUUUAGCAAGUACGAUUUUGAGUACAGAAUAGCUAUGCGUGUCAACUUGGCUUUGACAAAAGCUGAUGAAAUGUGUGUACCAAAACCAGAAGAUCCUGAUCCAGCAAAGCGUCAUCAAGCUAAUAAGAAGGAACCUAUCAUCACACUUGAUUCUAUAGAAAAUCGCCCUAAUACGACUAUUGAAGGACUCACUAUUCCCGCUGACCGUUUUGAACCGAUUGCUUUCAGAGCAAUUUAA